AUGUUGAACCUGGGAAAUGCUCUGAAAAGUGGUGUGAUGUGCUCGGUGAGCAGGAGUGUGCGCACACUCGCCCCAACAGUCAAUCCGACCGAACAGCAGCAAGUUCAGACGAUUCUGCCCGACAAACUGUACAGUUCUGUUGAAAUCGAGUACCGCGCACACGACAAGGCUCUUCUGAAGUCUUACACCACGUUUUUGCAGGUAAAUUCACAAUCAAAAAUACCUUGCGACAUUAUUGCUGGUAAUAUAAUAAAAGGACCGUCCAACAUAAUAGAACUGCGCAGUGCGUAGAAUAGAACCGCGACAUAAUAGAACUGUUUUUGUGUAUUUAUAUAAGCAUUUUGUCCGUUCCUUUCAAUUAACUUUCGCAAAAUUUUUCAUCUCUUGAACAAUUAAGCAUAAGACCACAGUUUAUACCAAGAAAAUUGGUUUUCCUUCGUUUUUGAGAGUACAAUACAAUUAUUUUCUGUGCGUUUUCGUUACCGUAGAGAAGAGGGAUCACGACGGAAGUGAAAUUAAUGAAUGCAAUAAAUCGAUGACGAGAUUCAAAAAUUAUCUUUUUCUACGAAACAAUUAUCCUACAGAAAGGUUUAAAAGGCGCUCCAAACUGUUAUAUUGUGGCCGGUUCUAUUCUGCCCAGUUCUAUUAUGUUGGACCGCGAAUAAAACAUGACAAGCCUUUAACAUUUCGGCAUGAAAACGAGAGAAGAUGCCAAUUUUCAGGGGGUCUGCCAACAUCUGGAAAUCAUGCCCGGUCGUCAGGAGGUUCUUCCGUACAUUCGAUGGGUCCAACCGCUGCUCCGCUCGAAAUUCGUGCACAAAAAGUACAAAUUGCACUACGAGACGCGCACGCACAUCUCCAAACUCGAGGUUUACCCAAUUUAUUUUGAAUUCUUUAAAAUUGUUGUAUUUUUUGCAGAUUCUGAACGUGACCGGCUCGACGGCGUCGACGUUUCUCGAGUACAUCCAACGAAACAUUCCGGAAGGCGUCGGAAUGCGCGUCGGAUUCACCGAACUUCAGCCGCUUCCGCUCACAAUUCGACAAUGA